UCUAGAUGAAGCGUAACUCGGCGCAGAGCCCAAAGGUGGACACAAUGGGUGGGAGGGCACCUUCCCCUCCGGCUCGAAAGCUUAGUAUGGAGACGGCCAGCCGGUAUAAGUAGUCCCAUGGGAGCACCUCGACGCCCUCAUGACGUUCCAGCUGAUCUUUCCUCACAUUCCCAUCCAUCUCUCUUCCAUCCCACCGUGUGAGUGAACCCCCACCAUCACCGCGAGACUCCGAGGACGAAGCACUGACAGCUCAUCCCGCACAUCAGACAAAAAACACCGUCACAAUGGCCCCCGUCAUCAAGCUCAACAGCGGCUACGACAUGCCCCAGGUGGGCUUCGGUCUCUGGAAGGUCGACAACGCCAUCGCCGCUGAUGUCGUUUACAAUGCCAUCAAGGCCGGUUACCGUCUCUUCGAUGGCGCCUGCGACUAUGGCAACGAGGUUGAGUGCGGCAAGGGUGUUGCCCGUGCCAUCUCGGAGGGUAUUGUGAAGCGUGAGGACCUCUUCAUCGUCUCCAAGCUCUGGAACACCUUCCACGACGGUGAGCGCGUCCAGCCCAUCGUCAAGAAGCAGCUCGCCGACUGGGGCGUCGACUACUUCGACCUCUACCUCAUUCACUUCCCCGUCGCCCUUGAGUAUGUCGACCCCUCCGUUCGCUACCCUCCCGGCUGGCACUACGAGGGCGAUGAGAUUCGCCCCAGCAAGGCCACCAUCCAGGAGACCUGGACCGCCAUGGAGAGCCUCGUCGAUGCCGGCCUCGCCCGCAGCAUUGGUAUCUCCAACUUCCAGUCCCAGCUGAUCUACGACCUCCUCCGCUACGCCAAGAUCCGCCCUGCCACCCUCCAGAUCGAGCACCACCCCUACCUCACCCAGGAGGAGCUCCUCAAGCUUGCCAAGCGUGAGGGCAUCACCGUCACUGCCUACAGCUCUUUCGGCCCUGCCUCUUUCCUUGAGUUCAACAUGCAGCACGCCGUCAAGCUCCAGCCCCUCAUGGAGGACGACACCAUCAAGGCCAUCGCCGCCAAGUACAACCGCCCUGCUUCCCAGGUCCUUCUCCGCUGGGCCACCCAGCGCGGUCUUGCCGUCAUCCCCAAGUCCAGCAGACAGGAGACCAUGGUUUCCAACCUCCAGAACACCGACUUCGAUCUCUCCGAGGAGGACAUUGCCACCAUCUCUGGCUUCAACCGCGGCAUCCGCUUCAACCAGCCCUCCAACUACUUCCCCACUGAGCUCCUCUGGAUCUUUGGCUAAAUUGCUAACCCGAGCAAUCCAAAAAUAAAACAACAAAAUACCCCCUUUACCCGAGCCGAUCUGACCAUCAUCUCAGCCAUGUCGUCGCACAUGGUUGAGAUUUAACCUCCCUUUUCUGAUAUGGAAGAAGAAGGGAGGUUGACUGGCACCAUCUCAGCCGGUCAACUUGUCACGAAGGAAUGAAAACAAAUAAUGCCCCCCACCCAACCCAACAACACACACAUACCCCUGGAAAGAAAAAGGAGGAAUGGAAGAAAGACAGGAGGACAGGAUACGUAGCCUUUUGAAGAAUACGUGUACUUAUGGGAAAGGAUAGCUCUUUUGCAUAGAGAAUAAGAGAGUACAAUAUCCAAC